AUGACCACUGCAUCGUCACUAGCAUUUUCCAACAUGGAAGUCCCUGGUCUUGAUGACACGAUGGAGAUGGCUUCUCCAUAUCAGGGUCAUGUGGAUGACUUUGACAUUGACCUCGAUGUCAUGGAAGACCACGCCUCAAAUGCCGACAAGGAUAUGACUGCAGCCGACGAUUACCCGGAUACAUUACAGGACGAGGAUAUAGACCAAGAUGGACCGAGAGAUGCCGAUAUGAUGGAUGACGUCGCCGAACCAACUAUGGUCGACGCUGACGAUCAAUAUCAGGAGGCGAGUCACAAUGUAGAGAUGCAAUACGGGAUAGGGGAGUCACAUGAGGAAGAAAUGCUGGAAGAUGAAUAUGAAGUCCAGGUUUGUGACAACACAGAUAAACCAGACACAGAAGAAGGGGAGUCGGCGGAAAAUCCCGUCGCUGGAGACUAUGCUCAGGAGCCUGCGGUAGGGGCUCAUCCUGAAGCGAAACCCGAGCACCACGACGAAACUGGUCAUGAAUUACAGGGAGCCCUCGAUCAGCACAACGACAACACCGAUCAACCCCCUGAUGCGCAUCAGCCUGAAAUCGCCGGAGGAGAUAUGAUCAACAGCACUAACGAAACAGAUCAAGUAGAUUCCGCGUUAAACCCUCUUGAUGCCGGGAAGACUGGUCCGGAUCCAGAUCAUCCGGAGGGCGCUGAUGACUAUAACGAAGGCAGCGACGAGCACGCUGGCCAGGUUUCAGAGCCUGUUGUGGAGCAUGUUGCAGCAGGAGAUGAAGGUACAGAAGAGCAAGCAGCACAGGAUCUCAGCCUGCAAGGGCCUGAACAAGGGUCGGAGCAUGGGCCUCAUACGACGGGCCAGGUGACUCUGCAUCCUGUGAAGGUCUAUUAUCAGGACAAUGAGAUUUCGCUAUUUCCCCCGCACGAGGGUGAUUCUUCGGAGACCUUUUUUCUCGAAGAUGAAAGCCUUGCUUACGAACCCCUCGGUAAACUUUUCGAGUCUUGUCGCGAGGUCCUUUAUGAGCAUGUUGGAGAGAAUGAAAUUCUCGUGCUAGACAUCGAGUCUUUGAAUUUACAGCUCAUGGAGGACUCCACACAUGUCUCGAAGGUGACCUUACACCAGGUUAUCGAUGUUUAUCUGCGCCUCUGCCACAAUGACGGAAUCGAUUCCCCAGAGCCGCUAUAUCUUACUUUGAGUACAAAGUUGACUAUUCCAGCGGAAAUCUCAGAUCUGCUACUAGCUGCGAGCGAAGGAAAGGGGCUGUCCGAGAUCAAUUUGUGGGAUGAUUACCAGGAAGUUGAUGAACAGCUCGGGGAGGUCUCCGAAGCUCAUGACCAAGACGGAGAAGCUCAUGAUCAAGAAGAAGAAGGAGAAGCUCAGGGCCAAGAAGAAGAGCCCGCGUCGCCGAACCGCCCAACGACCAUCCAGAACGUUGAUGCUCGCGAAUUUCAGGCUGCAUCAGAUGAAGCUGAGUCUCACCAUGAUAUACAGGACAAUAGAGAGGCAUCUCAAGCCCAGGAGCUCGUAGGCAACGACACGGCUUCUUUGGCAACGCAGAGCUCUAGUGUUGCUCCGUCCACCAAUGUCCAAGAGGACGAACUGAAUGAGGAGGGAGAGGUUGAAGAUGCCAAUGAUUCCGAGUUUGACAAGGAUACCGCCGGUAACGAAGAGGCAGCUCACGAAGAAUCAUACGAUUCCGAAGAGCAACAGACAGAUACAACUGUUACUAUGGCUCAUCUGCCUGGAGCCGAUAUGAACGAUGAGCUGGAAGACAAAGAUGGCUCUGCCAGUCCAGUGCAUAAUGACCAGACAGAUCGUGACCUUGAGAAUGAACAUUCUGAGAUCGAGAACAGUGACGAGGAGAAUCCCGAACGGAAAGGUCCUGUGGAGCUGCAAGUCCCUGAGGGUCCUGGGGUUGGUGAUGAUGAGAGACAAGACAGUGGCUCACUCAACCCUGUCGUCGAAGAUUAUCGCACAGAACAGCCGUUGGCGGGCCAUGGUGGUUCUUCAAUUGACGAUGCUGUCGACAAUGUUGAAGGACAUAGUCACGGUCUGGAGGAGAGUUCCAGGGCUGGUGACGGCGACUAUCUGCACAAGAAUUCGGAAUCAGUUCCGAAUUCGCAGGUACCAGAGAAACAAGAACGUGAUACUCCAGAUCCUGCCGAUGCUGCGCUUGGUUUCGUAGAAGAUCUGUUCGAGAGUCCUUCCAAAGAUUCUAAGAACAAGGAUGGGAAUCUCGGCGACACUACUGAAUUUGGCGAGGAUCAUGAUGAGUUCGAGGACGAUACUCCAGCCGAAAUUCUCCACCAGCAUGACGAUGAGUUGCCGCUCGACGAUGAAGAGUAUAUCGAUUUGGGAUUUGCCGAUGGUCCCGAUACUGUCGAGGAAAGCCCGGUCUCCGGCUUGAAAUCUCUAGAUAACGGAGCUUCGAAACGAUCCCGCGACCCGGAAGACGAGUUUGAUCUCGCCGAGAAUCCCUCACCCGACCUCAAACGCUCUCGAUCCUCGUGA